AUGACUCACGCGGACAAAGAUUUGAGUCGUGUCAAGCCAACCCACGCAAGAAUGGAUGAGGGAUACAGGCUCCCCGACCCUGGAUUAUUUGUCAACGUCCUUUCCUCGCAGUCUCUGAAGAAAUAUCUCGCUAACUGGUUGGCAUGCCGUGAGUCGUGGCUGAGGCAUGUUUAUAUGUCGCCUCCAUCUCCGCUCCCUCGGUCCCAAAGCUGGCGUGAUCUAUUGAUCACGCAGCCAACAACACCACAGCCCUCAUCGUCAAGUGGUCAGAUGCCAUCAGGCAAGACUGGCAAGUCCAAAGCCAAACUCGACCUGUUCUUUGGAGAUGAAUUAUCGCUCCUAUGCCAGUUUGGACUGGAUCCCAGAUGUUGCAAUGGAGGGAUCAUAUACGAGAUUUGCAAGCAAAGCUUCCGAUACGACCUUCUGGAACUCGAUGAACAUCUUGCCGGUCAUAUGCGGCUGGAUCGGGAGGCGAAGAAGCGUCGCAUGGAGUUGCUCCGUGGAAUUUUUCCCCAGCAUGCCCUCAGCAUGUGGGAUAAGGAUUUUUUCGACUCGGAAUGA